AUGCAGACAUACGCAAAACAAUCCCCUCCACACGAAAUACACCGAGGCCCCUUGCCCAGUAUGAACGAUCCAUAUCGAUCAGGCCCCAGCGGGAACCAACCUCAGUAUCCUCCAUACUCCUCUGUGCCAUACCAGCAACAGCAACAGCAACCGCAACAUCAAUAUCAACACCAACACCAACACCAACCGCCAGCACCCGAUUGGGCCCAUGGGCCACCUCCUCCCACCGAGUAUCAAUCGCAGAAUCCGCUUCCUGAUUCGAGACUCCCGCCCGCAUAUUUUCCAGGAGGAAACUUGCCGCCUGGAAACCGAGGGAACCCACCUCUGGCACCAGGAGCCCAGCCAGAUGCCCGAGAGCCGCUGAAUCGGACGAGCGUCGUGGAUGGCAGGAAAUACGAGCUUGUCGUUAUGCAACAACCAGUACGGGCACGAAUGUGUGGUUUCGGAGACAAGGAUCGCCGCCCGAUUACCCCUCCACCAUGUGUCCGGCUGAAAGUCACUGACGCGGCGACUGGAAAAGAGAUAGAUUGCAGCGAUAUCGAGCACAGCAUGUUCAUCAUAAGCGUCGACCUCUGGUCUGAAUGCGGCAGGGACGAAGUAAAUCUCGUCCGCCACUCCAUGGCAUCACCCUCAAUCUCUGCUACAAGCCCCAUUUCCUACGCAGAAGCCAUCCAGAGAAAUUCAUUGACCUUCGGCCUUUAUCAGGCUGAGCAAGGCUUGCCGUUCAAUUCAUAUCCGGGCAGGCCUCAGGUUAGCUCGGGUUUUCAAUUACCUUCACAAGCGCAUUAUCAGCAUAACCAAUACACCCAACCCCCCAAUGGACAACAUGCUCCUCCGAAUGGCCACGCACAACAACCCCAGCAGGCCUUCUUUCCAGGAGGCCCUCCUCCCAGGCCUUGGGAAUAUGGUGCUCCACAUCAGCAACCGUCCUCCCAUCAAUUUGGUCAAGAAGGCCCUCGGCCAUAUCCGCAACAAGAUAUGGUCGCCCCAAGAGGACCACUGGGCAAUAGUAGUCCACAGGGCAUGUUCACUCGGAACUUGAUUGGCCAGCUCGCGACAAGCGCGUUCAGAUUGAUAGAUACCGAAGAUAGGAUCGGAAUCUGGUUUGUCCUUCAAGAUCUAUCGGUUAGAACAGAGGGCUCCUUCCGCCUCCGGUUCUCGUUUGUCAAUCUGGGCGUGCCACCCUCACCCGCUAAUAUUCAGCUGAGUGGUACGGGCCCUGGGGUGGCAGUGAACACCACUAAAGCCCCUGUCCUUAGCACUGUCUUCAGCGAUGUCUUCACAGUUUACUCCGCCAAGCGCUUCCCUGGUGUCGUCGAAAGCACCGAGCUCAGCAAAAUUUUCUCUAUGCAGGGCAUCAAGAUUCCUAUCCGCAAAGACGCUCUCGUUAAAGGGGCACACGAGGAGAAGGAUGAUGACGAAUAG